AUGCUCCAAAAGCAACUUGAAUCCGAGUUUCCGCUAAUUGACUCUGACCCGCAUUUCAGGCGCGUGGUGCGGUACUUCCGCCCCUCGGACUACUACUACAUGGCCGGCUCGACGCUGGCGUUCCCAGGAGCGCUGUGGCUCAUGGAAAGCGCCAGUCCUGCGCGGGGCAAGGGCAAGCUCAGUGCGGCGAUGAAGCUGUCUGCUGCGCUUGGUCUGUGUGGUGGCUUCCUGUAUGCGUACCAGCGCUCGACAUUCCGCUUCUGGGGCUGGUCGGAGAAUGAGCGCGAGCAGCAGCGUGCCCGGGAGGAGGCGCAGUCGGGCACGGUGAUCGGCCAGGGCGAGAGCUCGCUAUCGGAUGAGAUGCAGGGCGUGGCGCACCGCAACAGUGUGUUUUCGCAGCUGAACUUGGCGGUGUUGCCGUGGUUCAACGUGGUGAACCACAAGUACCACUCGUAA